CCUCACUUGCCACUACGUCGCUGCGAGGGUUUGUAAAUACCCCCACCAUAUCUUGCGCUUACCGACUCGAGGAUACGAGACUCCUAGGCUGAACUAUGUGACUGGAGCCUGGUCCGGAAUUUUCUAGACCGAUCUUCGUCACAAUUUGGACCGCUUCGACCUGAGCCCUGCUGACUGUCGGCCAGCUUCAGGACUUCGGUCCAGCCUCUGUCAGCCCCGCUCCACGAGUUGCAUAAAGCUAUUGGUCUCGCUUCUCAAUUUUGUAUCACUUUCUGAUUCUCUUCGACUACUACCAGCAGCUGCGCUUGUCUCUGUCUCCGCCAACUUCUCUCGUUUCAUCUGGGUACCUUGUAGAACAAUACCUCAACCACCAAUCACUCGGUUCUACGUCUACGUUCAUUACACUGUACCAACACAAUAUGCCUGCUUCCACCCAACUCAUUGCCUGCUCUGCAUGUCGCAUGAUCCCUAACUCUACUCCGGUUGCUGGAGUCGAAAUCGCCCCGCUGACUAUACCCUCGGAGAAGCUCGGAGCGUAUGUUCGCUUGCCUCUCAGAGAGCUCACCUAUUCUCCUCCGCCAUCUCCAACGAAGAUGUCUUCUAUUCCUCGCUUCGAGUCUCCUGGCUUCUUGCACGGCACCCCUUCGCUACUCGACGAGACCCUGACAUCGUCGAUCUCGAGCCCGUCUAUCGCACACACCCCGAUGCCGUACGCCACCACUCGCGAUCCCCGCCAAGACACCGCGUCCUUUAUCGGCCUCGGAAUCUCGGGCCUUUUCAAGAAUGACGGCUCGGUCUUCGACGGCAUGGGCGUGCUCUCUAAGCGAAACGAGAGCUCGGAACUUGGCUUCUUCAUGGACGAGUCGAGCCAACGCUUCACUGGGGAGAGCGAUACGCAAGGCUACCCAGAACAACAAGAGGACGCCUGGCGUCAGCGCAUGUCUGCCACGGCAGAGCUCUUCAGUCAGCUCGGCAUCGACGACGCUGCGAGCACCCACUUCGGUGGGACGAGCUAUACGUCGUUCGCGGGCCUUUGGCUGCCGCCCGCGUCGCUCAGUUGCUCGAGCCCCAUCGAACGCGCGCAGGCCAAGGCAGCGCCGCUCAUGCCCUCGGAGCCCGAGACGGACGACGUGUUCUUCACGCGCAUCCCCACGCUCGGCUCGCCCUUUGUCCGCCAGGAUAUCUUCGACUGGAUGCAGGAAGUGCAGGGUCCGAAGUGAUACCUCGAGGGACGGUUGGCUUCUACGAUCUCGGACUGUGCGCCUUAUCAUCACCUGUACCAUAUCGCUGCCUGCCCUACUUGUGCCAAUCCAUCUCCAUAGCGCAAAAGGAGUGCAUGCGGCAGCUGCGCCAUACAUUAGUUGCUCUUGGCCCCGGCACGCUUGCGUCUGGCCUCAAAAUUAAGCUGUCUGCAUGCCUCUAUGCAUGUCCGCC